UACAACUCGGUCAGAAUAUUAGCGUAUCAUGGCGACAUCAUGCCACAUAAUGAGACUUCUGUGUGAUAACUUCGGCUGUCUGGACUUGGGGCAGGUGAAGAGAGACCUGAAGAAGAGCUUCACUGUGAACGAAGUGCAGCUGGAUCGGCUGCUGUCUGACCACAGCAGCUUUGUGGUGGUGGAGCAGAGUCCGGGGUCAGAAGCGCUGCUGCUGGCCAAAACAGAGCUGCGUGUCUGCACCACACAGGAGAAGUGCAGGGGCUGCGAGCAGCUGCACCUGUGCAGGUUUAUGGUGUGUGGCAAGUGCUGGUUCGGGUCUAAGUGCACAAACUCCCAUGACUUAAAAUCAACACAUAAUUCUGUGAUCUUGAAAAAAAAGAAUCUUCAUGAACUCCAAGAAGCACAGUUGUUUCAACUUCUGCUGCAGAAUGACCCUUUACUUCUUCCAAAUAUUUGUCCUCAUUAUAAUAAAGGCAAUGGAGAACAUGGCAGUUGUAAGUACGAGACGUCCUGCACCAACCUGCACCUCUGCCAGCACUUUCUGCAGGACGACUGUAAAUUUGGAGCUGAUUGCAAGCGGGCUCAUUCAUUUGAUGCUGCCGCCAUGAAAAUCCUGAAUGACAGAGGAUUCAGCCGAGAAAACAUCAGCAACCUUAACAAAAUAUACAAGAACAAGUUACUCAUCUCUUCUUACAAAGAAAAACCAGCUGUUCUGCCUCCUAGAGAAAAAACAGCUGCUCCCAGCACAGUAGGCAAACAAUGCAGCACUCAGCAGUCCAACAUCUCAGUGAGUGAAGCAAACCGCCAUGAAAUCUGCCUGUUCAAUAUUCUCCAGGGAUGUAGUUUCAAAGAGAAAUGUGUCCGUGUUCAUCAUGAUCUUCCUUAUAAAUGGGAGAUUUUAGACCGGAAUGGAGUAACAUGGAAACAGUUGCCCAAUGAAGAGCAUAUUGAGAGGGCCUACUGUAACCCAGCAAAUGACAUGAGCUCUGGGCCUCAGACGGUGAACUUCAUCACAAUGAAAUGCGAAGGGUCAUCAGUUCGUCGACUUUCUACAGCAUCCUCUGUCACCAAACCUCCUUACUUCAUCCUGACCACUGAAUGGCUCUGGUAUUGGAAGAAUGACCAAAAAAAGUGGACUGAAUUUGGACGUGGGGACAAUGCGAAGCAUGUUUCCUCAAUUACAUCAAAAGACUUGGAGGAUAUGUACCUUAAAAAAGUUCAGACUGAGAUUCGAUUCAGCGUGGCAAAUGAUAACUAUGUGCUCAACCUGAAAGAGAUGUAUCAGCACAGCUUAAGGUACAGCACACAGAGAGAGGUUCGAAGGAGACCCGUUUAUGUUUCGUAUCAAGAUGUUAAGAGCAAAUUGAAAAGCUCCAGCUCUUCAUCUGUGGAAGUCCCUGAUCACUGGAAUAAAGAAGCCCUGCCUGAAUUCUCCCACAAGAUUGUUCCAGUGUCAAAGUCUGCAGAUGACUACAAAAAAAUAGAGUCACUGUUUAAACAGACAAUGCCCAGCAACACAAUUCACAACAUCAGGAGGGUGCAGAAUCCUUCUCUGUGGAGGGUCUUUCAGUGGCAGAAGGAGCAGAUGAGGGAUGGGAGUGGCAGGAGAGAUGUGGAUGAGCGUUAUCUGUUCCAUGGCACAGAUCAGUCUCUAAUAGAAACCAUCUCUAAAGAGAACUUUGACUGGAGGAUCUGUGGUCUUCAUGGAAGAUCUUAUGGGAAAGGAAGUUACUUUGCAAGAGAUGCCAAAUAUUCUAACACUUACGCAAAAUCCAAGAACGGCAUUAAGAUGAUGUUUGCUGCACUCGUGCUUGUGGGAGAAUUUACCAAAGGGAACAGCAGCUACCUCCGACCCCCACAGAAGAAAGACAAACAAAGCUUUUAUGAUAGCUGUGUGGACAAAGAAGCCAACCCUACCAUCUUUGUCAUCUUUGAGAAGUAUCAGAUCUAUCCUGAGUACAUCAUUGAGUACUCUUAGGAUCCAGCAGCGUGCAUUAUGUGCUGUUACAGGGACAGUAGAACAAUGUAUCUUAACCUCAAUUAUAAUACUGAUUUACAUACAAAUGCAACAUUUUAUUUA